CCAGAAGUCAAGGAAUCUAGCAAUUUUUUUUUUUCUAAGGGUAGUUAGGACUUGGGAGAAUGUAUGUGCUAUAAAUUUCUCACCCUUCAUUUAUUUUUUAGUAUCAUCAAUUAUUCAAUCAUGCCAUCUUCUAUGCUGUCUAUAAUUCCCUAGAUUUAAAAGCUAAGGGAGGGUUUUAUUCAUAGCAUUGCAUUGCACAUACAUACACACAUACUGAUUCUAGAUGAGUUCUAAAAAGAUUACAUGGAAGUCGAUAGUGUUGAUCUUAAGUUGUUACAAGACUCAAUGUCACUUGCAGGAUUCAGAGAAACAGGUUUUAAAACAAGGUUCAUUCCAAAGGUUAUGCCUCUCGGAUAUAAGCAUUCCUAGCUCCCCUCAGGCCAUUGAAGAUCUUUCCAUUUCCAUUUCCCUGGUUGGCCCAAAGUUGUACACAUUCCCACUAGAUGAGCUGAGGGAAGCAACACACAAUUUCUCAUGGAAUAAUUUUCUCGGUGAAGGCGGGUUUGGACCCGUGUACAAGGGUUUCGUUGAUGACAAACUUAGACUUGGUUUGAAGGCUCAGCCUGUGGCUGUGAAACAACUGGACUUGGAUGGCUUGCAAGGUCACAGGGAGUGGCUGGCAGAAAUUAUAUUUCUUGGACAGCUGAGACAUCCGCAUCUUGUUAAGUUAAUUGGGUACUGCUGUGAGGAUGAGGACAGGCUUCUGGUGUAUGAAUACAUGGCAAGAGGCAGCUUGGAGAAUCAACUGCACAGAAGAUACUCUGCUGCCUUACCAUGGUCAACAAGGAUGAAGAUUGCAUUGGGUGCAGCCAGGGGUCUGGCCUUCCUUCAUGAAGCAGAUAAACCUGUAAUAUACAGAGAUUUCAAAACUUCAAAUAUCCUACUAGACUCGGAUUACAUAGCUAAACUAUCAGACCUUGGGCUAGCAAAGGAUGGUCCUGAAGGGGAAGACACACAUGUAACAACAACAUGCAUAAUGGGAACCCGAGGCUAUGCUGCUCCUGAGUACAUCAUGUCAGGUCACCUUUCCACCAAGAGUGAUGUGUAUAGCUAUGGAGUGGUUUUGUUGGAAUUGCUUACAGGAAGAAGGGUAGUGGAUAUGUGCCGGCCGAAUCGAGAACGAAGCCUGGUGGAAUGGGCAAGGCCUCUUUUGAGAGAUCAAAGAAAGCUGUACCAUAUAAUAGACCCAAGAUUGGAAGGGCAGUUUCCUAUGAAAGGAGCUUUGAAGGUUGCUGCAUUGACUUACAAAUGCUUGAGCCACCACCCCAAUCCAAGGCCUUCUAUGAGUGAUGUUGUAAAAAUAUUAGAAUCACUUCAGGACUUGGAUGAUGUGAUCAUAGGACCAUUUGUAUAUGUCGCGGGGUGAGUGAAAGUGACCAUUGAGAAACUGUCAAAGGGCUUGAAGGAGUCCUUUGCCUGUGGUAACACCAACUCAUUAGCAACGUAGAUGAAAUAUAGUAUAGAUAGCAAAAACUAAAAUGAAGAAAAAGAUAAUGAAAAUAGUGUUUGCCAUUUUAGUUUGUAAGGGAUGGUCUUCAAUGAAGCUAAAUGUAAGUAAUUAAGUAGUAGCGUCUGAUUUUGGUCAUAAAUAGGGACCUGUAGUGUAACAAGUAAAUGGUGCUUGAGGUGAAAUGUGUAUACUAUAUACUACACAAGUUAUCAGAAGUGAUGACUGUGAUUCUCAAAUUUGAAUGGAUGCAACAAUGGACAAGCAUUUAUUGGAGCGUCUA